AUGUCAAUCAAAGCUAACGCCCACACCCCGCCUCAACCCUUCUCCAAAAACCCCUUCUUGACAAAACCAGACCUCCAAUCCGCCUGCCAGGCAAUCCUGAACCCCCUCCUCCCCCUCUUCACAGAAGGAAACACCCGCAUCAAAGUCGGCACAUCAACCACUCGCUUCGACGAAGGCGGCGCCCAGAUAGAAGGCUACGCACGCCCACUAUGGGGCCUGGCAUCGCUGCUCGCAGGCGGCUGCGAAUCCGAUUACCCGGACGCAGCGCGCUGGCGACAGGGUCUGAUUAACGGGACGGACCCGGAGAGUCCGGAGUUCUGGGGUGUUAUUGAGGAUUUGGAUCAGCGCAUGGUGGAGAUGUGUCCUAUUGGGUUUGCGCUUGCUGUUGCACCUGAUUCUUUUUGGGCGCCUUUGACGCUGCAUCAGAGGAGGUGUGUUGGGGAUUGGUUGGGUGGUAUUAAUGCGAGGGAGAUGCCGAAUACUAAUUGGUUGUGGUUUCGAGUCUUUGCGAACUUGGGAUUGAGGAAGAAUGGUGCUGAAUACUCUCUUUCUCAGAUUGAGGCUGAUAUGGACCAUCUUGAUUCUUUCCAUGUUGGUGGAGGGUGGAGUAAUGAUGGACCCAAGAGUCAUCACCAGAUGGAUUAUUACUCGGGCUCAUUUGCUAUUCAGUUCCUGCAGCUGCUUUACUCGAAGCUAGCUGGGGACUUUGAUCCUGAGCGUGCGGAGCGCUAUCGUCAACGGGCAAGGGAGUUUGCGAAGGAUUUCGUUUACUAUUUUGAUCCCAAUGGCAGUUCCAUCCCCUUCGGCCGCUCAAUGACAUACCGCUUCGCCAUGGUCGGGUUCUGGGGGGCACUAGGUUUCGCAGAUGUCGAGCUUCCGGCACCAUUGACCUGGGGAGUUGUGAGAGGGAUCCUGCUCCGUCAUUUCAGAUGGUGGUCGACACAAGAGGACAUCUUCAACAAUGACGGCACUCUCAGUCUCGGAUACUCAUAUGCCAACAUGUACCUGACAGAGAACUAUAACUCUCCAGGAUCGCCAUACUGGUGCUGUCUAUCAUUCAUCCCGUUAGCAUUACCAGAAACCCACCCGUUCUGGUCGGCGAAAGAAGAGCCAUACCCCAGCUCCUCUCUACCCGAAGUGGUAGCCCUCAAGUAUCCCAAACACAUUGCAAUCCGCCGUGGCGGACACUCUUUCCUACUAUCGUCUGGCCAGGCAUGUCACUACCCUCUCAAAGCAACACAGGCCAAGUACGGCAAGUUCGCAUAUAGUUCUGCAUUUGGAUACUCUGUUCCAACGGGGGGUUAUCAGCUCGAGCAACACGCACCAGACAGCAUGCUCGCCCUAUCCGAUGACGGUGGCGAUAUCUGGCAGACAAGAAGGCUAGCACUGGACGCACGCUUCGAGGAACCGGAGGCGAAUGGCUCACCAGUCCUGAUAUCUAGCUGGAACCCAUGGCCGGAUGUCGAAAUCGAAACGAUUCUCAUUCCGCCGACGGCCGAGAAUGAGAAUUGGCAUCUGCGCGCUCAUCGCGUGCGCACCGGUCGGGCAUUGCAGACUUCCGAGGGAGCCUUUGCCAUUUACGGAUGUCGCAGUGAUACUGGGCGGAUUCUGGGUCCUCUGGUUGAAAGCGGCUUGGAAGGGACCAUGCAUGAUGAUCGGAGUAGUUUGGUCGUCUCUUCGGCCGGGGCUGUCGGUAUUGUUGAGUUAUACUCGAAUCUUGGUCGCGCGGGUCGGAUAGUGCUGGCAGAUCCAAAUUCGAAUAUUAUUCAUGGGCGCACGCUUUUGCCAUCGCUUGCGGCGGACAUGGUCCCUGGCCAGGCCUGUUGGUUUGUGUCGGCAAUCUGUGCUGUACCCGAUCAUGGGCGGGAUUGGAAAGCGGCUUGGGAGCAGAAGCCGAUGAUCCCUGGGUGGCUGAAGAGGCGAAUGGAGAGUGGUUGA